CUGCUGUCCCCUGUCCUAUUGCCCCAACCCUUCCAGUCGCUGCACCCCAGCCAGGGGGUGUCCCUGGGGGACAAUGUCACCCUGCGCUGCCACCUGCCCCGCAUGGCUGCCUGGGUCCAGCUCUGGUUCAAUGGAACUCUGAGAUUUAACAAGGAAAAAGACAAGGAGCAGGAUACAGCCGAGUUCUCCUUUGCUGUCACAAACCUGGAGGACGCCGGGACAUAUCAGUGUCGGUACCAGGUGUCAGAGCCACUGUGGACAUCAAAUCAGAGUGACCCCGUGGAGUUGGUGCUGACAGGGGCCCUCCAGGGACACCGAGGAUCUGACCUACACCGAGAUGCCAGCUGCCAUCCCGUGCUCCCAGCCUCCCACUUCCUCCACUGCCUCCCAGUCCCCUGUCAUCUACACCACAGUGAGCACUGAUUUACCGCGCUGAUGGGCCUCCCCAAGUGUCUCAUUUCUGGGGUGUGUGGAAGGGGACAGACCUCAAAUUCCCUGCUUGGGACUCCCUGAUGUCCUCUUCUAACCACAAACCAGAUAACCUCCCCAAAUCUAACAAUCCCACAUUCUCACUGGUACAUCCCAAAUGCUUCCCAGACACACCAAAUCCCUAAAUGCUCAUCUCUUACCCCAAAGUCCUUCUUUAUCCCCUCAAAUCUCUUAACAGUCCCUGAGACCUCCAAAUGCUCUCCCAUCCGCUCCCAAACACCACCACCAUUCCUGUGAGACCCCCUCAUCUGUCCCAAUCUACCCCUCCUCUGGAGAUCCCCAGACAUGUCCCUUUGCUCCCCUUCCAUCUCCCACUGAUGCUCGAUAGAUCCCCUAUAAAUUCCCCAAUAUUUCCUGCCUCCUAUUCUGUCCCGGUUUUAUCAUUGGUCUUUGGGUGCUGAGCAAUUCCUUUGUGCAUCACUUGCGUUGGAAAAAUAUAUUCAUAUAUCUCAUCAUCAUUACUGUUAUGUCUCUCUUCGUUUUCGGUCUCAGUAAAUAGAUUUUAUCUGAACCUAC